CGAUGGGUUUGUCCAAAUGGCAUAUGAUCGAAUCAUCUGUGGCCUUCUUCACGCAUAUCUCUUGGGUAGAGGCAUCGCAGAAGUAGUCUGUAGGGCAGCUCCCGGUAACAUUUGUAGGUUUGGUGGCGCCGAAGCAGAAGGCGAACGUGGAACGGGAGGUGCAUGCAAAAGUGUAGUUGGGGGCACACUGGCCACAGCUAUCCGUGUCGCCGCAACUGGCAGGAGUCUCGCUGCGCUGGAAGCAAAUAAUGGGCUGAUCUGUGCAGACCAGGCCUUCAGUGCAUGUGAAGGUCUCUGCGGUAUUGGGACUGCUGCCGCCAAAGCAAAGAUUGUACGAUGUCUGAUUUAUGCAAGCUGCCCCAUUUGACUGGCACACAUCACAGGUAGACCAGAUCAAAGUCCCCUGCAUCGCCACGAGGACCAACUAAAUGUUGAGACACAAUAAGUCAAGUAAUCUCCCUCAUUAGGACCACCUGCACCUUGGAAACACUCACCAGAACAGCGCACUUGUACAUCUUUUCGCCGUAACUUAUCUUUUACGAAUGGUCCACGCUGUAGGAAGACAUCACAUUUUUAGCACUUUCGUCAGCUCUGCCGAAUAUGCUUUAUGGCGCCACGAUUCAUUUGGGGUCCGGUCCAGAACCUUGAGCGUAUAUCUCUCUUAUCUUUAUGUAAGCAAACCACUCCCACUGCUAAGCCAAGACUGCCUCCUAUAAAAUGAAUUGGCAGAAGAUCUACCCUCGAUCACAAGAAACUAGAGCUUCGCGCUAAACAGACAUGCGUGCAAAUAUUAUUUUAAAACUCGUUCUGUUCCUCCCGUUUCUCAAAACGGCCCUCGGUCAAUCCCCUAGCUGCUCAAAUUGUGCACUCACCAAUGGAAGGAAUGUGUGCCUCGACGAGACCAGCUAUGGAUUCUGCUUUAACCAGGAAUCGGUCGUUGAAAACACAAUCACUGCGUGUCCAGAGGGGUAUUUUUGCACAUUGGAUAACAUUUGUUCACCCGCGGAAACGUCCUCACCUUCUUGUGUACCUGAAUCCUCCACUUUAACGACGGACUUAACAACUGAAUCUUCCACUUUAACGACAGAUUUAUCAACCGAAUCUUCCACUUUAACGACUGAUUCAUCAACUGAAUCUUCCCCUACCACUACAGAUUCGUCCACUGAAUCUUCAACUGUAACCACAGAUACUUCAACAGAAACUUCCACAUUAACCACGGAUACAUCCACAGAAUCGUCCACUUUAACGACAGAUUUGUCUACCGAAUCUUCCCCUUUAACGACUGAUUCAUCAACUGAAUCUUCCCCUAUUACUACAGAUUCAUCAACUGAAUCUUCCCCUAUUACUACAGAUUCAUCAACAGAAUCUUCCACAUUAAGCACGGAUCCAUCCACAGAAUCCUCCACUUUAACGACAGAUUUAUCAACUGAAUCUUCCACUUUAACGACAGAUUUAUCAACCGAAUCUUCCACUUUAACGACUGAUUCAUCAACUGAAUCUUCCCCUACCACUACAGAUUCGUCCACUGAAUCUUCAACUGUAACCACAGAUACUUCAACAGAAUCUUCCACAUUAACCACGGAUACAUCCACAGAAUCGUCCACUUUAACGACAGAUUUAUCAACCGAAUCUUCCACUUUAACGACUGAUUCAUCAACUGAAUCUUCCCCUUUUACUACAGAUUCAUCAACAGAAUCUUCCACAUUAACCACGGAUCCAUCCACAGAAUCCUCCACUUUAACGACGGACUUAACAACUGAAUCUUCCACUUUAACGACAGAUUCAUCAACUGAAUCUUCCACUUUAACGACUGAUUCAUCAACUGAAUCUUCCCCUACCACAACAGAUUCAUCAACGGAAUCAACACCAGUAACCACAGAAUCAAGCACGGUAUCUCCACUAAAUGCUGAUGUUUAUUGUUCUAAGUUACGACAAAAAGGAUACUUUCGGGUGGAGAGUGAUUUAACCUGCAGACAGUACGUGUACUGCUAUAAAUUGAGCUUAGAUUACCUGGGUUGGCUAUACUAUUGCAACACAAAUGAAUUUUACAAUUCUGAUACACAAUCUUGUCAGACCGAACGGCCCGCGAGUUGCUGAAUAAGAUACCAUUAAAGAAACAA